CCAUGCGCGCCCCGCCAUGACGAUCCUCCCGAAGAAGAAGCCGGUUCCUGCGCCCGACGGAGACGCUGAUUCGGGCCCGGACGCCGGCCCCGAGCGCGGUGCGGACGGAGGCCCCGAGCGCGGCCCCGGCGGCGUUGGCGAGCCCGGAGGCCCUGGCGGGGUGGGGGGGCCGCGGCCCCGGGCCUCGCCGCCCCCGCCGCUGCGGGGCUGGGCCGGGCUUCCCGCCGCCGGAUCCCCCCCUCCCGCCGGCCCCGGAGGCCCCGUUGGAGGCGGCCCCGGCCCUGGGGAUGGCCCCGCGGCGCUGCUCGGGUUGGACGCGGCCGCGCUGGGGCUGCCCGAGCCCCGCGGGCCCGGCGGCGGCGGCGGAGGAGGCGGCCCCGGGCACAGCAAGAGGCGGCGGCGAGGAGGGGCCGGCCCCAGCGCGGGGCCUGGCGGAGGAGGCCCCGGCUGCGGCGGCCCCGUGGGGCUGGCGCUGGGCUUGGGCCCCGGUGGCAGCCCCGGUCCCGACGAGGCGGGAGGCGGUUACAACAGCGAAGACGAGUACGAGGCCGGGAGGGUGGAGCUGGACCCGGCCACGGCCGAGCAGCAGGAGCACCGGUUCGAGAAGGCACUACGGGAGAAGAAAGGCUUCAUCAUCAAGCGCAUGAAGGAGGAUGGAGCCUGCUUGUUCCGGGCCGUGGCCGAUCAGGUCUACGGAGACCAGGACAUGCACGAGGUGGUGCGCAAGCACUGCAUGGACUAUCUGAUGAAGAACGCCGACUACUUCUCCAACUACGUGACAGAGGAUUUCACCACCUACAUCAAUCGCAAGCGCAAGAGCACGUGCCAUGGUAACCACAUUGAGAUGCAGGCCAUGGCCGAGAUGUACAACCGCCCCGUCGAGGUCUACCAGUACGGCACUGAGCCCAUCAACACCUUCCACGGGAUUCAGCACAACGAGGACGAGCCCAUCCGGGUCAGUUACCACCGCAACAUCCACUACAACUCCGUCGUCAACCCCAACAAGGCCACCAUUGGCGUGGGGCUGGGGCUGCCCUCCUUCAAACCAGGGCUGGCAGAGCAGUCCCUGAUGAAGAGCGCCAUCAAGACCUCGGAGGAGUCGUGGAUCGAGCAGCAGAUGCUGGAGGACAAGAAGCGGGCAACGGACUGGGAGGCCACCAACGAGGCCAUCGAGGAGCAAGUGGCCCGCGAGUCCUACCUGCAGUGGCUGCGCGACCAGGAGAAGCAGGCGCGCCAGCCCCGCAAGGCCAGCGCCACGUGCAGCUCGGCCACGGCAGCGGCCGCCAGCGGCCUGGAGGAGUGGAGCGGGCGCUCGCCCCGGCCGCGCAGCGCAGCCCCAUCGCCUGAGCACCCCGGUCUGCACCCCGAGGCGCCCGGCCCCAAGCCCCCUUCACCCGGAGCACCCCCUGCUGGCAAACCCCCAUCGCCCUGUGCCCCAGGGACCAGCAGCCAGCUGGGGGCGGGGGGGGGCAGGGCCACCCCCCCGCUGGUGUCCCUGUAUCCCGCGCUGGAAUGCCGCGCCAUUAUGCAGCAGAUGUCCCCCACUGCCUUCGGCCUCAACGACUGGGAGGACGACGAGAUCCUGGCGUCAGUACUUGCUGUAUCCCAGCAGGAGUACCUGGAGACCAUGAAGACCUCCCGCCACAGAGACCCCCCCACCGACAAGAGUUGAUAUUGAACCCCCGGACUGCAUCCCCAACCCCCCUGCCCCCCCCCCAAGGGACCUCUAGGUGGGGGGGAGGCGUUUUACUGUGGGGGGGUCACACAGACAACAACCUCCCCCCCCCUUUCCACCAGGGAGGGGGACACAGCGCUGGACGCCGCGGGAUGAGCCUUGGCUCUGCUGAAGUGGGGGGGACGGAAGUCGCCCCCCCAUAUUAGAGCUGGAA